GCCUCUUUCUAGGAAUCUGAUUGGCUGGAGCGUCAACUGCUAACUGCCGCGGCGUUUAAACCUAAAACCGGGUCGCCGUGGACUGUCGAGCUCCUCAGGCAAGUGUGGGCACCCACAGCUGAAGAACUAGCCAGUGGACGCGGAGGAGACCUGCUCGGCCAGCAAGUCCUGCGGAGCCCUAUUCCUUCUCGGCUGCUUCUGGCGUCUCAAUCCUCGCCAACAAGCGGCGGCUCGCAGGGCCGGGACGCGGAGCCCGGACGCAGAGCGGGCUUCGGAUCAGGGCGGUAACCUGUUUUUGAGCUCCCAGCUGGGCGAGUGGUCGCCACUAGCUUUCAGUGAUGGAGUACCCAGGGAUAGAAGAUGACUCUGUUUCCUCUGGAAUUAAGAGACGAGUGAAGGAUAGAAUUGCAAAGACAAAGUUGAAUGUUUCUCUUGCUUCAAAGAUCAAAACAAAAAUAUUAAACAAUUCUUCUAUUUUCAAGAUCUCUCUAAAGCACAACAACAGAGCAUUAGCUCGGGCCCUUAGUAAAGAGAAAGAGAAUUCUCGAAGAAUCACUACCGAAAAGGUGCAAUUACAGAAAGAAGUAGAGAAACUGAAUUUUGAGAAUACCUUUCUUCGCUUAAAACUAAAUAAUCUGAAUAAGAAGCUGAUAGAAAUAGAAUCACAAGUGAGCAAUAGUUUGUUAACUGCAAUUGAAAUGAGCAGUCUUUCUGAGUUCCAUCAAAGUUCUUUUCUCCUGUCAGCUAACAAGAAAAAAAGGGUCAGUAAACAAUGCAAGCCUGCACACCUUCCAUAUGCAAGAGUUCUAAUAACUUCAGAAAAUGAUGAUGAUGAUGAUGAUGGUGAUGAUGAUAAAUGGAAAACAAAAUGUAACAACAGAACUGUAUCAAAGACAUCACCUGAUAGUACCUCUUCUGUAUCAAGACAGUCUUUAUCCUUACAUCAGUGUAAUUUGGAAGUAUUCCUUCCUCAAGAAGAUAAUCAGAAAACAUGUGAAUCAGGUCAUUCAGAAUAUACUUCAAGUGUUGAUGUACUUCCUAAUGAGAGCCAUUACCACUCAGAUCAAAGUCCUAAGAGUUUUCUGAGUAAGAUGAAAGAUGCUCCGUCUCCCAGCCCCAUAAAGGAAAAAUUGUCACUUGGUAAUGUGACUAAGAGGAAGAAGUGUGUGUCUUCAGCUGCAGACAUUCUGCAUGUGGCAGAUUUAGAUCACCAAUCAAUUUCAAGUCCAGGAUCAAAUUGGAAUAAUGAGAUAAAUGGUUGUACUAAUGAAACCAGUAAUAACGUGCAAAGAAAUACAGAGUGUUUUCCUGACUUACCUUCUGAGUCUUCCAGUGGUCCUAAUGUAAAGUGCAUGGAACAAGUACAGAAGAACACUGAUACCUUUCACUUGCAGAAAACUGUGUAUGAAGACGCUGACAUGGAGUUAACUGCUACUGACAUAGGCAAGAUUGUAACAAUUUCAAAAAGCAAUAAAAGUCAAAAUAAGAAAAAGGCAGAUUGUAGAAAGGAGACUUUCAGAAAAGUGAAAGGUCCAAGCUCUGAUAGGAAGAAAGAAAGAUCAAAGAGAAAAUGUAAAGCUAGUUCGGAAGGUGCUGAGGGAAAGACUGAAAACAGACCAGAGAGAGGCUCUGGUGUCCUAGAUGGCAGAGGGGAUUCAGAAGAUCCAAACUGUAUUUCCAAUAGUGAACAGCCAUCUCAGGUAAACAUGCAGAAGGAAAUAACCUUCCAGAAGAGCUCAGAUCAGGAGAACGUUCAAAAUCAAAGGAGGAGGCAAACGUAUACGACAGAUGAGCAGGAGGAAACAAACCCUUUCUCCAGAUGUUCAGUCAAAUUCCUUCAAGAUGGUAAAUUUGAUCCGUAUCAGAACACCCUACACUGUGAUUUAAGUAAGCCUUCUCGGCAGACAUUUGUGAUUCAAACAUCAGAAAAAGAUAACUUACUGCCAAACCAAGACAAUAAAGAGAACAUUUCUGAAAACCUAGAAGAUGCAAAUGAAUUUCAUAUAGCUCAUCUUUCCAUCAAAGAUAAUGAAAAUGUAUGUGACCAUGAAACUCAAACAAUUUUGGACUUGAAAAAGAAUGUCAAUGCUCAGCAAAAUCAAACAAAAAUAAAUAAGACUAAGCAGAAAAUAAAUCGAAGAACCAAAAUAAUUUCUAUUACAAACCAAAUAAAUGAGGAUAAUGAUAAAGAUAUUCACGUCCUAGAAAAAGGCAACUUUCCCUUCCAAACCCAAGCAAAUAAAGAAACCACCAGUGGAAACCUAGAAGCUUCAAAAGAAUUUGAAACACCUCUUUACACAAGAGACAGUGGAAGCUUACAUGACUGUAACACCCAGAAUGUUCUGGAUCUGCACAAGCAAAUCACUAGUAUAUACCCUGGUCAGAAUAAGUCCCAAAUUAGCAAAAUCCCUAGACAGAAGCUAAGUCGCAAGACAGAAGUAAUUUCUGAAGUGAAUUGUUUUAGUAAUGACAGAGAUGUCCUUUGUUCAGAAAAGGAUGAGUCUUUCUUGCUACAAAAGGAUAAAGAGAUCCCUGGAACCUUGAAAGACGUAAGCGAGUUUGAUAAGCCUGCUUUUUAUAACAAAGAUAGUGUGAAGUCAUGUGAUUUUAAGGCUGAACCGUUGUUGGGGUUGAAAAGACAUGACCCUAAUAUGCCACCUGCUUGUCAAGCUGACUCAAAGGUAGAUAAGAAGCUUAGACAAAAGGUGAAGCGAAAGACAGAAAUAAUUUCUAAAAUCAACCAGAUACAUAAAAAUGAUGAAGGAAGUGCACAUGACCCAUUAAAUAAGGAGCUCCGUCAGAAGGUUAGUAUAUCAAAAAUCAUUUCUGAAAUGAACCAAAUAUAUGAGACUAUUAAUGAAGAUGGGAAUGCCUUUAAAAGCUCGCUCAAACAUUGCCAAGAUGUUAUGAGUUGUGACUUUGGGAAAAAAACCAGUAACGAAGAGGAAAAUCAUGAUCUGACUCCAGAUCUUUGCUCACUAGUUAAGAAACCAAGGAAAAAGGUAUCAUGUAAAGCAGGGAACAGUUUGACAGGAGAUAAGAACAGGUGUAUUUUGCAGUUAACAGGUUCUUCACAGGAGUCCGUCACCUUGGACUCUGGCUUAAAACACGGUCCAAAUGAAGCAGAUUCUGGCCCUGGAGAGCAGACUAACCUGCCAAAGAAGCAGAAACCAAGCACUGUGAGUACACUGGGAGACGCCUUCUCUCUGAGUGUGGUAAGAGAAGGAAGCCACCCAGCCCAGACAGGUAGUAAAGUGACAUCCAAGUCAAAGAAAAGAAAGACCCCUCUAAGAUCCUCUGAUACCCGUGGAGCAGUGGAGAGAACACCAAACACUGAUGGCAUUACGGCAGUUUACUUCCAACAGACUGAGAAGGAGAACUAUUUGGAGAAUGAGAAAAUUGCCAAGAGUAAGCCAGACUUUCGCUCAAAGGUGUUGAAACCUUUAUCUGAGAUAUGUUCAUCUAACAUAAAGAAUUCUUCCUUGGGCAGUAUGUGUGAGAGUUCUGUGCCUUUGAGUACUUUUUCUAGUAAACCCCUGAUGCUAGAAGAAAGUUCUUCCCUGGACAGUACAUGCAUCUUUCCAGUAGGUGAUGGUGCCCAUGAAAAGUUAAAGGAAGGCACUCCUACAUCCCACCGCAGGACACAGAAGUCAAGACCAGGUAGCAGAACAUCCCUGGUCUUGGUGGAUAACAGUUCUGUUUCUAGUAACACUGCUAACCCUGAAAAUGAGUCAGAAAGGCACUCUUCACACCAGAUGAGGAGGAAAAGACAGUGCACCCCUCUCAACCUGACCGAACCAAGCCUUAGAAGGCAAGUGUUACAGUAUUGGUAAUGUGCUUCUGAGGAACGGUUUGCCUGGAUUAGUAUUUGAACACUCCUGAAUAUCACUGACUCAUAUGAAUCAGUCACGUGGUACGAACUUGGUAGAAAUGAUUGGUAGCUAUAAUUUUUUUAAAUUUGUUGAAUACAAUUUACCAACCAGUGUUUUCAUAGCUAUCAUGUUUAUUUCCUGUGUUGCUCCCUAGAAGUCAGUGUGCUUUAUAUUUCCUUUGAUCCCAAAGAAUAACAGUUAAAAAGAUUUUUUCCUAACUGCAGAUAUAUAGUAGUAAAGAAGACUCUGAGCCCUCUCCCAGUUUACCCAUUCCUGGAGUUCUAUAAUGACCAGCAUUGUGCUGUAUCUGAUUCAGCUGUUGUACUUUUUUUUUUUUUUAAUCUUUUCUUUUUUAAGAUUUAUUCAUUUAUUAUAUACAAGUACACUGUAGCUGUCUUCAGACACACCAGAAGAGGGCAUCGGAUCUCUUUACAGAUGGUUGUGAGCCACCAUGUGGUUGCUGGGAAUUGAACUCAGGAUCUCUGGAAGAGCAGUCGGGUGCUCUUAACCGCUGAGCCAUCUCUCCAGCCCCAGCUGUUGUACUUUUAAAGCAAAUCUCUAAUACUGAGUGAUUUCAUUCAUAAAAGACUUCUAUAUGUACUUUUAAAGAAUAACAUUUUCUGGUGCUGGGGAGGUAGCUUCAUCGGUAAAGUGCUUGAACAAGCAUGAGGCCCUGAGUGCAGACCCAUAAGUCAUGCAGGUACAGCAGCAUGUUCCUGUCAACCCACCACUGGGAAGGGAGAGACACCCUGGAGCUUGCUGGUCAGCCAGUCUAGCCAGAUCUGAAAGUUCCAUUCAGUGAGAGAGCCUAUCUCAAAGAGAAUCAAUUGAGGAAGACAUUUUGACAUUGACAUUUGGCCUGUACUCACACACACACAUUUCUUAACAGUUUGCCACGUUAGGAUUAGGUAGAACUGGUUUAUAUUAUAGCUCAAGGUGUAGUUUGUUCUGCAUGCAUAAGGCUCUAGUCCACAAAGCUAUCAAUAAAUUCUUAUGUCUUUUAAUGAAUAAUGUAUUCACAUUUUUUUAAUUGCCAUAAAAUCACUCCAAUGACUGUUUACAUUGUUUUCUUCUAACUGGCCAACUGUAUAUCACUAAUGGGUGUUUUCUGCUUUAGAGUACUAAGUAGAGCCCUAUGUUAUGUUUAGCUUUUGCUUUUCUUUAACCUCAUCGUACCUGUGUCAUUUCCUACUCUUCUUUCUCUCAUGGCAUCCUGAAGAUUACCAGUCAAUUAUUUUGUAGAAUAUCCACAAAUUGAGAUUUGGGGAUUUUUUUACUUUUUUUAUGAUCAUAUUGUAAUUAUGAAUUUUAAGUGAAUUCCACAUGAAAGAUGUCCUAACAUCGUAUCAAGGAUUUAUUAUGCUAGUCUGUUCCUUUACCAUGACAGAGCUAACCUUGAUCUCUUAGCUAUUGUUGAAAUCUGCUGGGUUUCUGCAGUGUGAAAUUUUUAUCUUUUCCUUAAGGAUUAGGGGAGAGCCUUUGAAUCUUUGACAUCCUGUAUGUCAAAAUUUUGUUUAAUUUUAAUAUUUAUUAGUAGAUUUUGCUUGAAACCGAUGCCAGUGUGAUGUGUGAGACCAUUCCUGACAUUCUGCUUCUGUGAGGAAAUACUUCUAUGAGUUAAUAGCCCCACAUUAUAGUCUCCUUGAAAUCCAGUAUUGUCCAUCUUUACUUCGUUAUUCAAGUGAUUCCACCUUUGGUAUCAGGAGCCCCUUCAGAAUAGCUUCUGAUUUCCUCUAACAAGACUUCAUGCUCUUGACCAUUUCAUUACGUUCUGACACCACAGGUGUUCAGGUUUGUACUUUUUCUGUCCUGACCCUGGAAUCAGAUACUUCUUAGGAAUUCUGAUUUUCUUGAUUGUAAAAUUGUGUUUAGCAGCCAGAUUCUGUGUCUUACAUAUGCUCAUGGCUGACGUUAUAGUACUGCCUAUUUAUUGCUACAUAGUAUUAUCAUAAAUCUGGUAGCUUAGAACAUAGUACCCAUUUAUUCUUUUUCAGAAUGUAGGCAUGGCUUAAUUGGUGUUCAGGGUAGGUCUCUUAAUACUGUGAUCAGAGUGCCAUAGAGUUCUUAGCUGGAGGUUCUGAUCACAGACACUAUUGGUACAAUCUCCUCAUGAGGGUAGAAGCAUCUUGCUAUUGGCUGUGGAUUGUUUUCACCUCCAUGCUACAUGUGCUUCCCUCCCAACAAGGCCACUUGCUCAAAGCCAGCUAUGGAAAGACUCUACAGCAAAACCCUUUAGUGAGAUAGUAUUAUAGUGAAAUGUGCUCUCAAAAGUCAGGUGGCCUCUCACCCUUGUCACUUUGUUAGACUCAAAUCACCGUUCCUGCUUAUAAUCACCUGGAAGGACUUAUAUAAAGACAUGAAUGCCAGUAGAUCGGGAUUGUGGGUAGUGUGUUGUUGUAAAAAUAUAAAAAAAUAAAAAAAAAAAUAUGCUUGUCUUUUAGCCCUGCGAGGUCCAGCACCACAGUGCCCCAAGAUGGACAUCUUAAUUCUCAGUCAGCAAAGCCUCUCACCCGCUCUGCUCCAUCCCAUACCACACUGCCAAAGGCCUCUCUCUGAGCCUGGUAGCAGUCUCUCUACUAUCUAGUUCCCAAGGCAGGUUUCCAUACCAGAAACACACAUCCCAAAUCUGUGGUGUCCCAGACUAGCCGCCGCACACUUUCUUAUACCUAAAUCACUUCCUGAAAAAACACACAACACAAUAUCCUUUGGCCCAGUUGAUAAGAUAUAAUUGCCCACCUAAACAUACAAAGCCCAAUACACACCAAUCCCUUAAGAACAUUUGUAACAACCUGUAAAGGUACAGCGUAUUGUCCUGCCAUGGCUUCUCUCUCUCUGUCCCUCCUCACUCUUCCUCCUUUCCGUUCCAGUCUCUUUCUCUUCCUUCAGACUUUUCUCCCGCCCAUCCUGCCUUCUCGUCCAAUUACAGGCUUCUUUCUAUCUUGUACCUGCCUCACCUGUGACAUCAUCCCACAGUAGUGUUCUUGUUAUAAUCUGUAUACCACAGGGAUUAUGUUUGGGCGCCUCUCAGAGAGCACUAGGAUAUAUAUAUAUAUAUGUAUAUGUAUGUAUGUGUAUAUAUAUAUAUGUAUAUAUGCAUAUCCAUAUGUAUGUAUAUAUCCUAGUUUCACACUGUCGUGUGGCAAAACUUUCCUGGGAGGAAAAACCCAUACAUAUACCCACACCAGAUAGAAAACCCACCAUAGGACAAAGUUCAACUUACUUACCAGUGAGUUUUAUUGGAGUUACUUACAGGAGUAUGGCUGAGAGGUUACUUACUGGAGCCGGAGUGGCUUAAAGACAACUGUAUCACCAAAGCCCACCCUAACAUGGGUGAUAUCUCACAAAAGCUGGAAAACAUGGGCACAUCCCACAAGCAGCACAACAGGCUGGGGAGUGUCCUUUCCAGAUGUCUCAGUUGGUCUAAACCUCUUCUAGAUAAUUCAGCUAGUUUCUACUUCAUCCGGGCAGCUGGUCUGACCUCAGAGUCUUCUUUGAAGUUUGGCUUGUCUAAGAGUCUUGGAAGCUCUUAGCAGAACUCUCAACUUUCAUUGCUCAAUCUAGAGAAUCUGGUCAGUUUCAGGGACUUCUGGAGCUAUUUUGAGUUGUUUGCCUACUGCUUAAGGAGCUUCCUGAGGGUAGAAUGUUUUAAUCCUGGAGGAAACUGGUACAUAACACCCACAUAGACAUACACUUUUAUAUUUCUAUAUGUAUUAUGUAUAUAAUAAAAAUCAUGAUGCAUUAGAUCUAGUCUAAUACUGCUAGUUUUAAUUUAAUAUUGCAGGGUUCUUUUUAGCAUUUCCCCUUCGCUUAAUUUGUAAUUUCUCAAUUAGUAAGAAGCCUAGUUUUCACUAUCUGAAAGUAUUUACUUGUUUGUUCAAUUCUAGUACAUAAUUUCAGAUUUUUCCAUAUCCCCGUCAAAACCUUUUUUAAUUAUUUUUUUAAAGAUUUAUUUAUUAUAUAUAGCAUUCUGCCUGCAUGUAUGCCUGCAGGCCAGAAGAGGGCAUCAGAUCCCAUUACAGAUGGUUGUGAGCCACCAUGUGGUUGUUGGGAAUUGAACUCAGGACCUCUGGAAGAACAGCCAGUGCUCUUAACCACUGAGCCAUCUCUGCAGCUCCCUGUUAAAACCAUUUUACCAGCUGGAUUUAUAUAUAAUUCUCUCUGCUGUGGAUUAGAUGAUUUCAUAAUCCCCUGAGAUCAGACAUUAUUGCUUCUCUUGGUUGUACUGAUGUGCAUUCCCAUCCACACUGUCAUGGAGCACACAUACCCCAAACACAGUGCAUUGCCAUGUAUUUAAUUUGUGCCAGUGGUGGGUGAGUAAUACUUUCUGGGCACUGUUGCAUUAUCUGGUGGUAAUAUCUCUAGGUUCACUCUGUCCUUGUCUCUUAGUUUUCCCUGCCUGAUGUUUCUUAUCCUAACUGUGCUGCAGGGAAAUCUAUGUGUUGCUGUGUGCCCAUGGAAUUCUUUUCUACCAAGUCUUUGUUUCAUAAAGAUAAUAGCACUUUAAUUUAAAGACAUGAUUACAUAAUCAUUAUCGAUUAAGGAUUUUACUAUUAAAUAUCUUUUCAUAUUCAAUGCUUUGCAACUUAAAGAUUUUUAAAAAUAUCUUUGUUUUAUCUUCCUAUGAUUCUUGUAUUCCAGGCCUCAGGUGUGGGAGUUCUAUUUGAAAUAGACACUCCUAAAGUGUUCUGUUUCCAACACUGACAGCUGGUUGUCAUCAUUCGUAAUUUGUAAUGAAAGGAUAUUGUGCUUUGUAUUUAACAUUUUUUAUCAAGUCCAGUUACUCAAAAUGGUGUUGUCAUGGCUCUGGAGAUGAGUGUCAGCAGAGAAGGGACCCUGCUUUCCAGCUAGCCUUUCUGCCUUUUCAGUUUGAGACUAUGUGUGUACAUUUCAACCAGAAACUAUCACCCCUUACACACAUGUGCAUGUGCAUGCACACACAGUGUAGAGAAGAAAUUCAGUGCCACCUGUAGCACUGGGUACUAGGAGGGUGGAUCAGCCCUCUUCCCGAGCAAGCAAGCCAGCUUGAUGAAUACUAACAACCAAAGGAAACUUAAUGCACUUCUUGACUAACAUGAAUGGAGAAAGGACCUCAGCCCAGAGACAUGAGCAGGAACCCAAAAAGGGAAGUGGACCAGAAGCGUGCCUGAGGUGCUUUUCCAGUUAGGGAAGCUUGACUUAGCCUUAUGGUCAGAAUGGGAAAAAAUUAGCUUGGAAUUUUUAUUGCUAAUCUUGCUUUUUCUUUUCUUUUGCAGCAAGAUGAGAAGAUGAAGUGCAGGUGAAGUGGAUACAGAUCCUAGUUUUUCCAAGUUCCCAAAGCACAAGUCAGAGCAGAAGUAUAAGUAGAACAUGAAACAAGUAUUCGGUUGCUUGAGUUUUGUACAUGAAGAAGUAUUCUGUUACCUUUUCUUUUCUUUUUUUUUUUUUUUUUUUUUUUUUUUUUUUUUUUUUUUUGGCCUUUCAUGGAUUAAUGCUUUCUCUAUUCUUACAUUGAGAUGUAUGUGCAUAAAAUAGCUGUAUCUUAGAUAAUAAACUUUUUUAAAAAACA